AUGGAAGCAUCAUUAGCCUUGUCCAUCACGGCCAGCGUGCUUAGAAUUGUCACGAUAAGCGUAGAGGCAGCAAAAAAGCUCAACGAUAUUCGAUGUGCGUGGACACGCGCACCCGUGACGGUCUCAUCGCUAUGUUCGCAGCUGAAGCUCACUGCCGCAUCGCUAUCGCAGAUUCAGUCGCUGCUCCUGAACGAUGACAGUGUGCUAAUGGAUAAACCGGACCUGAUGGCGACAUUUGACACCACGUUGACGGCAAGCUUGGUGCUUUCGACAUGGCUGGAAAAGUACAUUCAGAAGAUUACAAUGGGUAUUUUGGACGGUUCGAAAUCAACCUGGAAGAUGAAGUUCAAGACACUGUGGAAUGAAGACGAGGUCAAAGAGUUGUCGCAGCAACUACACACACAGCAAGGCGCUAUCUCCACCUUGGUGGGUCUAUUGCAAAUAGACUCUAUAUCCGAGAUCAGAACACUCGUUAGGAGACAAGAAGCGCAUCUACGUAGAAUAGCUGCAAACACACAAUUGCUACGACGGACGCAUUCGAUCGACGCACCGGAAUCCAUACUCAGUACAGACAAGACCAAUGACAGCAUAUUCAACAAGCUCGCUGACAGCGAAGACAUUGCAUGUCCUUCCAACGACGGUGGAUUCGAAUCUGUCGUUCUGAGUUCUAAGGUUUACUCCAAGGCUUUCACUGGUAUCCUUGUAUCCCACCCAGGCGAUGAGUUUGACGAUGCGCGCACGAUUAUCGAGGGCGAGGCAGCCAAUGACGAGGCCUUACACACCCCCAGUGUGUCUAAUCUUAUGAGGGUAUCGAACGCUAUGACAUUGGCGGUAAAGAAUCUUCGAAUUUUUGACAUAUGCGCGAUCUGCAAUGUUCACUAUGUUGCUGCGAAUCCCGAAGAACUUACUUUCAAGGAAUGUUGGUACAUUAAGAACAUCAGGAAGAUCGAUGCCAGUCGAUACUCAGGGCAGGUUCUCCAUCACAAGGGUAAACUUUCGCCACCUGGAAUCUUCCACCGUACGAACGUUGUAAUCGCAUUUCAGGUCCGUAAAAGUUUCGUAGCCAGCACUAACCGUACUUUCACCCGACCCACAUCGCGGAUAAAAAAUCUCAUAACAUUUAACAAAGGCGAUAAAUUUGAUAUUCAAGAAAUAGAGCAUAGUCCUCUUUGGAAGGCAAAUAUAUCGGGCGGCAGGACUGAUGGAAUCAUGCGACAUGGAUACAUUUGGGUGGACAUGAUCGACGUGGACAACAGCUUGCGUGAGGAUAUCGAUACUCUACUGCGACACUUCUCGUAUCCACAUCCCAAGAUCGACAGGACUAGCCGUCAAGGGUUUCAGAAGCAGGUCAGAGGGAUAUUUCGAAACUCAUCUUUAACGGAUUGGCAGGAGCUUGGUAAGCUUUGGACUCAUUGUAGCUCCUUGGCGGAACUUCAGGUUUUUACUGAGGAAUUCAGGUGCUGUGAAGAGAAGAAAUUCGGAACAAUGGAACGGGCACAAGCAUAA